AUGAUAUCACAAAAUUUUCAAGGACUACGACUGAGAAUUCUACUACAUCAACCAAAAUCAAGAUCAUAUCAAAUAAUCAUACCAAAUUCCAUUUUGACUAAAUUUCAAUUGAAAGAGGGACUACAUACUCAAUGCAUUAGCAAAGUAAAACUGUCGAAUGUAAAGUUUGCUCCGUUAAUAAACCUUUCAAGAAAAUUUAGUAAUAUCAACAAAAAUACUAGUGAGCCAACAAUUCAAAUUUCAAAUAACAAUAAGUCACAAUCACAACGAGAAAUUGAAAAAUCAAAAUAUGAUGAUUUGAUCAAGUCUGCAAUCUCAACUCAUUUAAGUAAUGGAAACAAUUCAACUUUAACCAGGAAAUCUCGAGUUACGUUUAAAACUUUUGUGAUAUUUCUUAUAUCAAUUUAUGUGAUUUCAAUUUUAAUAUAUGCUGCAAUUCAACUCCGUAAUUAUCAAAUUAUUGAAAUAAAUGAUAGAGAUGGAAUGAAAAAGAUAAAGAAAAGAUCAUUAUUUGUACCGCUUUGGUUCAAUCUCAAUACAUUUGGUCAUAAAACUUUAAAAUAUCCUCAGGAAUUGAAAUAUUUGGAUGAAGAUUUAUAUCACUUUGUUAUGAAUGAUAUAAUACAACAACAACAGAAACAGAAAAUGUUACCUACAAAUAAAGAAGAAUUAAAUUUACAGGAGUUUUUGAAGGAUUUACAAUUAAAGAAUAUUAAUUACUCUUUAUUACUUAAAGUUUCAUUAAAUAGUAAAAUAAGAGAGUUUUUUGGAUUACCAGUAACUUUAGACUUUCCAACUUCUUCAGAUUUCAAUAUAUGGAUUGAAUUAAAUCAUCCAAGUGUUAAUGGUAUUGAAUUUGAAUUUAGUGAUGAUUUAAAUGAACUAAAUGGGUUUUUCCCAAAGACUAAAGUAAAAUUUCAAAAACUGAUUAAAACAAUCAAUUUGUUAUCAAUAAAGAAUAAAGCUUUCAGUUAUUGGGAUAAAAGUUUGAAUUUGGAAAAUUUGGAAAGUAACAGUGUUGAUAUAGCUGAUAGUAUUCAUGAAAUUCAUGAUAAUAAAAUCAAACCAACCAGAAACAAUGAUGACUAUGAGAUUAAAUUCAGUGGUGAAUGUGAUAUAAGUAAUAAAUCUAUAAGUUAUAAGAAUGAUCAUGAUCACGUCAAGGGAAAAUUGAAAUAUGUUGGAUCAAUUGACCCAGAUUAUUUAAUUUUGAACAAUGGUGUCCAAAUAACUAAAGUUGAAUUAAAUUAUGAUGAUACAUGGUAUAAGAUUGUAUAA